GUGGAACUUCACAUUCAGAUUGGCUCUUACAUAUUUCCAUGGAAGAACCCUGAACUCCAACGCAAACAGGUGAAAAUACUACGCUACCUCCAGAAGAACCAUGAACUGCCCCUCCAUCACUCUCUCCACUGGGCAGAAGAUACCCAUCGUGGGACUCGGAACAUGGAAAAGUUCCCCUGGACAGGUGAAGCAGGCGGUGCUCUGUGCCCUGGACUGUGGCUACAGACACAUCGAUUGCGCAGCUGCAUACAACAACGAGAAGGAAGUAGGAGAAGCUCUGAGGGACAGAGUUGGACCUGGAAAGUGUCUGCAGCGAGGGGACGUGUUUGUGACUUCCAAGCUCUGGAACACUAAGCAUCACCCCAACGAUGUGGAAGCCGCCUGCAGAAAGACUCUCGAUGACCUUGGAUUGACCUACCUGGACCUUUACCUCAUGCACUGGCCGAUGGCCUUUGAGAGGGGGCUGGAGAUGAUGCCGAGAAACGCGGAUGGAACCAUCCGCUACGCGGAUACUCACUACAGAGACACCUGGAAGGCUAUGGAGAUGCUGGUGGACCAGGGUUUGGUGAAGGCCAUAGGACUGUCAAACUUCAGCAGCAGGCAAACUGAUGAGAUUCUCAGCGUUGCUCAGCACAAACCUGCGGUGAACCAGGUGGAGUGUCACCCCUACCUGAUCCAGUCAGAGCUGUUCCACCACUGUAAGGACCGUGGGGUGGCGCUGACCGCCUACAGUCCGCUGGGCUCCGGGGAUCGGCCAUGGGCCUCCCGUGGCGAGCCACUGCUGCUUGAAGACCCCCGACUGUUGCAGGUCGCCCAGCGGUACGGCAAGACGCCUGCACAGGUUGUCUUAAGGUGGCAUGUGCAGAGAGGAAUUAUCUGCAUCCCCAAAAGCUGCACUCCUGCCAGAAUUCAGCAGAACAUCCAGGUGUUUGACUUUGAGCUGUCAGACGAAGACAUGAAGCUCAUUGGAUCCCUCAACAGGAACGCGAGGCUUAUAAUUCCAACAGUGGAGAUUAAUGGGCAUAAAACAUGGAGAGAUGCAGAUCACCCUCACUUCCCUUUCCAUGACUCUUAUUGACCUCAGUCUUUUCAAUCUAUUCUCACAGUAGCUAAUUAAAAACCUUUUAAAUUAAUGCUACAGUUUAUAGCUAUUUUGGAGUAUUUGGAAUGCCCAAUAAACCCAAAAUGUAUAUAUACAUAUAUAGAUAUAGUGCUGCUGUUCUUCUGAGGUUUGCCAUACAGAAUUUCAUUGUAUUGUAUACCAUGACAAUAAAGUAUCAUAUAUAUGAUUGCCUGAUUCAGUUCACCAUAAAAUGUAAAAAAUUAAAAUGCUAAAUUUAAGACUGUUGACAGUUGUGUCCGAUAUCUUCCAGCCAGACUCACCAAAAACCUUGUUUGUGUUUUCAGAUGUCAUUCAAAAUAUCGGUGUCAUUGAUUUAUUACAAACACAAUCCAUGAGGCUUGAUGUACAGCACCAACAGAAAUGAUUAAAAACAGAAAUACAUUCUGUAAAAUUCUGGUUUGUGUUGUGACAGUGUGAAGAGCGUGUGCAAACCCCAAAAUGGAUUUAAAUACCACCUAUUCACAUUGGUUUACCAUUUCCUUGUCCUGUUUCUACAGUAUCUGUGCAAUAAUAAAGUUCCAUGUCCAUUUCGAACAUCACUUUGCUGAACGAGCAUAAAUAGUUUAAAAAGCCAAUAUGUGCCAAACAACUUGACAUAUUUAUGCUUAUUAGUUAUUACAUAACUAACCCCCGUUCCUACUGAUUUACUCAACUCCUUCUGUGCAGACAAAAGAACUGAACUACCAGUUAAACUCCUAUGGCAAAACAGUACAAACUGAAUGCAGGUGAGGCAAAUCGCAUGACGAAUACCCUAUUUCUUGUUUUUAACCAUAACUCUAAGGCAUGAUUCUAUCUGAGGAUAUGUAAUAUCAGCCCUGCUUUAUUUUCCCAAUUGCUCGACCGCGUGGACAGCACAAGUAAAAAGUGCAAGCCCAUCUGGACAACCUGGGAAACACCUGUAUGGGACAAAACUGGACAGGAGAGCGGAAGCAGAGCAACAGACAGGUGUCCUACUGCACAUCUCUGGGAACUGCUGCAGGAGAGCUGGGAAAACAUAUGGUGUCACUUCCUGAUCAAAUUUGUUAACUGAACACCAUGAUGCAAAAACAAACCAGUUUGCAGCUGCUGGUCUCACACUUUGCACAUGGCACCCUCCAGUGGGAUCUUGGGGGAGUGAAGCCAGUGAUGGUGACUAAUGCUCACAUUACCUCCCAGCACACUGAGGGUAGCAGCUGUAUGGCAGUUUUUAUAUAUAUUUACCAAGACAUCAAAAAAGAUUGUAGACAGUGAAUUUACAGAGCCGCAGUUAAGACUUUAAAAUGAUAUUUUUAGGAUAUGGAAGGACAUUACAAAAAUUAAAGACAUGGGACAGAAUGACAUGGUGUCAGUGUGUUUAAAAGCAAACAGUUUUUAAAUCUCUUAGGCACUUGCUACUUAGGUCAGGUGUCUUAUUUGAUCCUCCCAGUUUUAUCAUUGUACCUAAAAAUAUAAACGUAACACACCAUGGAACCUGCACAAUUCACCCUGAUUAUUACUCUGCUAGUUAUAACACUCGAUUUCACACCAGAAUGUAUUUCACUGCAGAAAUGCAAAUACACACUGGCUCCUCCUGUUAAAAAUGGUUGCACUAUGAACAUAAAAACUCUCCUGUGGAACAGAAGCAACCGGUGUUUCCGCUCCCAGGUGUCAGAUGGCAGUAAAACUCCUCUGAACGCAAGUGAAAUGUGGGAUCACCUUAACUCACUUCUACAGUAUCUGGUGUUAAGUGAAUAAGAUAACUGAUGCUACAGUGAUGUUAACAGGAUGAGUUUGCCCAAAAAAAGGUAAGAAAUUAAGUUAUGAAAAGAAUUCCUCUACAACAUGUGUCUAUAAAGGGAUGAGCCAAUCUAAUACGUAACUGUAGCGAAAGCAUACUGGUU